GCAAGUAUCGCCUCAGUCGCCCGGAGCCUUCCUUACUAGUCAUAACCUCUUGCCAUAUAACAUGUGCCUUGUAGUUUCGCGAGUGCCACCAACCACCUGAAGCGACAUUGCCAUAUUUUCCCCCCGAGUAACACGUGACGUGAAUAACAACAAUAACAAUGGAUAACCCGGACUCCCCGGACUCGCUGGCCAGCGAUCAGCUAUCCGUGGACCUGCUCAGUCCGCGUUCGAAGAGGAGGUCUAAUGUUGUCACCUGCGACAUGGUCGACAGGAGAGACGGUACCCCCGAUGUUGUCGGAAAAAACACAAACAACAAUGACGUGGGGUUCGUGCUCAUGGAGGAUCAGUCGCCGGAAAAUGCGAAUGAAGAGGAGGACGAUGUAAGUUUCCAGUCAUUCAAGAAAGAAGACUCAUAUUCGGAACGUCUCACUGCCAGCGGCCAUGGUUCCUUAGCGUUGAGCGGAAGCAGUCCUGGCUACGGGGCAGGUGGUUCCUCCGGACACCACCGAGGCUCUUCCGGCCUGCACCACGCCGCUGCGAUGCAGCAUCAGUUGCCGCAGCCCGACUUCCAACCGGCCUAUUUCCCCCCGACUUUUCACCAUCCGCCCAGCCCACCGCCACAGCAACAUCUGGAGUACCUCACGGAUCCGUACGGGGCCCUGCCGGGUCUGCACCACUACAAUCAGUUGGGCCUUGGAAGGCCCAGGGAUUCCGACCCUAACCACCAUGUGGGCCAGCUCGGACACGGAGGUGGUUUCCCUUACAGUUCAGGGCCGGGAGGCGGAAGGUCCGACUAUUCAGUGAGCGUUUCUCAACGUCCACACGAUGAUCCGCUGUCGUUGCACCAGGCUCUGGGACAGGCUGUGGAUGAGGCCCAAGGAGGUCUCGAUGACAACUCUGGGUUCAUUUCAGAAAUACCUCUCUUGAAAGGCAUGAAGGGUGGCAAAGAACACGGCGUAGGUUCUAUGGUAUCCCCUAGCGACGUAUUCUGUUCAGUGCCAGGCCGUCUCUCACUGCUAUCGUCAACCUCAAAGUACAAAGUCACUGUUGGAGAAGUGCAACGGCGUCUCUCCCCACCAGAGUGUCUAAACGCAUCUCUUCUCGGCGGGGUUCUCCGACGGGCAAAAAGCAAGAAUGGGGGAAGGAUAUUGAGGGAAAAAUUGGAAAAAAUCGGUCUAAAUUUGCCAGCAGGACGGAGAAAAGCCGCGAACGUAACUCUGCUCACCUCGCUGGUGGAAGGAGAGGCCAUCCACCUAGCCAGGGACUUCGGUUACGUAUGCGAAACAGAAUUUCCUUCGCGACAGGUCGCUGAGUAUCUUCUCAGACAGCACGGCGAGACGCCGAGAAGAAAGGAACUUUUACAAGCCACCAAACAGAUAACUAAGGAGCUGAUGGAUCUCCUCAACCAGGACAGAUCGCCCCUGUGCAAUACGCGGCCGCAAAUCAUCCUAGACCCUUCCAUUCAGAGACAUUUGACCCAUUUCUCCCUCAUUAGCCACGGCUUCGGCAGUCCGGCCAUAGUUGCAGCCCUGACGGCCAUUCAGAACUUUCUGAGUGAAUCGUUGAAACAUUUAGACAAAGUGUUCCCAAACCAAAACACACAACAAGGACAGCAAAUGUUAGUGACGUCCACGUUAGAUAAAGCUAAAUUAGAAGACAAAAAGUGACCGUUCAGUAAAUCUGUGUUUUUUGUGAUCUGAAGAUAACGCUGAUUUGGAUGCAUUUUCAAUGGCGUCGUCUAGUUUGUUUUUUGAGACUUUGUUAAGUAUUUUAUUGUAUUGUUUUUUUAUUGUAAUUAUUCUGAUUGAUAUGAGAUAUAUUUUUUUCAAACAGUGCCAAUGCCGAUCAUGAACGUGUAAAUAAAAUUUGGGUAUAUAAUAAAGAAACAUUCCAAACAGUA